AUGUCUCUUUAACAAGAUUACGAUUAUGCAUUUAAAAUUGCUAUUACUGGAAGCUCAUCAGUCGGUAAAAGUUCUUUGAUGAUGAGAUUUACAGACGAUGUAUUUAAUGUAGUACUCAUUCCUACUAUUGGCGUUGACUUUAAAAUUCGUUCAUUUACUGUAGACAACAAAAUAGUAAAGCUUAAUAUUUGGGAUACAGCUGGUUAAGAAAGAUUUGAUGCUAUAAUUAAGGCUUAUUACAAGGGAAUACAUGCAUGUUUAAUUGUAUUUGAUUUAACAGAUCGUCAAACAUUCCAAGAUGUUUAUAAGUGGUUUGAUAAGUGUAAACAAAAUGCCAAAAAUGAAGUUAAAUUAAUUUUAGUAGGUAAUAAAGCUGAUCUGGAAGAAUAAAGAGCAGUGACUUAUGAAGAAGCAUGUAAUCUCGCUUAGGAACUAGAUAUGUAAUAUAUUGAAACUUCUGCUAAAUCAAAAUAAAAUGUAGAUCAAUGCUUUAUUUAAUUGAGUCAAGACCUCAUUUAGUAAUAUAUAAAAUAAAACAAAUAAAUUUAAUUUGAAACAUAAAAAUAAAAAUCUCAUCUUAAGCCUGGUGGUGCUACUAUUUAAAAAUAAUAAUAAAAAUCAGCAUAAUGCUGCUGA